GUGUUAAACAUCCACGGUUGGUUUUGUAGUUGUAUAAUAUUGUUAAUUCUGCACCUUAGGGUAUGGAUUGGUUGGUGUAAUUGGUUCAUAAUUAAAGUAUACACACCCAAUGAAGUCAGCCAGAAAAGCAUAACCAAAGUUUUGUUUAAUUCACAUAAUGUUCUUCAUAUGUCCACAUCACAAUAAGGUUUUUGAUUAAAUAUCUAAUCACAAUAUAAUGAUCAUAAGGUCCAACUUCAUAUUUCUACAGUACGAAAGAGAGCCAGCACAGCCAUGACACAAACCACACUGCCAAGAGAUGCGGAUGCUGGCGAUGCAGGAACUUCAUCAUCGCACCACACUCCACUAAGACGACAUUCACAGCGGUCUGCCAGUCUCCAGAAGAUGGGUAGCAAGAGACGCCGUCUUGAGGCGGUAACUACACCCGCAUCCUCACCACCACAACGGCGCAUCUCCACUGUGUUGGCUAAGCCACCAGAAGCCAUUUUGGCCAGUCCACAAACCAGGGAACCACAAUCUGAUCCAGACAUCAGGCCCCAGGAUACCCAGCAGGAAACUGACUUGCAGCAAACGUUCACACUCCACCUGCAAGCAAUUGAUAAUAACCAGCCAACCACGCCGGCUGACAUAACUCCACCACCCCAAACAACCCCCACCCACCAAUUGAGCCCAACACCACCCCAGCCACAAGUGGGACCAGAGUUUUGGUCCAGUUGGGCCACACAACAGGCACAAAACUAUGCCUGUCUCAACACAAGCCAAUAUCUUGCCAGGCUGCCCCAUCAUCUACCUAGACUCAGUAGAAACUCAGGCAGACUGAUUGUGCAACUUGGCAGAGUGGCCAAUACCAUGGAGCAGAUGAGAGCAGACAACAGCCAACUGAUAGCAAGUUUUCAGCGCAUAAUGGAUGAACAACACUGCCAUCAACAAGCCCUCAUUGAAAUCACUCAGAACAAUCAGUUAAUCACCGAAAGCCUGUCCAGAAUCAUCUCCAACAACACAGCCGCAACCACACAACUCACAGCAAGCUUCAACAACCUGAGCCAAAACAUAAAUGUGUUGUCAUCCCAACAACAAAGCUCAAGCUCAGGGACAACCACACCUAGCCAGACCCCAGUUACCUCCCCAGUUAGACGAUCCAGCAGAACACGCCCCAAUGUGCCAUCACAAUCCUCUGCAGCCAGCAAAAAAAAACCUAGGAAAUGAGCAAGCCUGCAACAAAAUAUACAGUAUUUUCAAAGAUAUUUAAAGAUUAUAGAAU